AUGACCACCUCUGCGCUCCGACGCCAGGUGAAGAACAUUGUUCACAACUACUCUGAGGCGGAGAUCAAGGUGCGUGAGGCCACCAGCAAUGACCCCUGGGGCCCGCCCAGUUCGCUCAUGUCCGAGAUUGCUGACCUGACCUUCAACACAGUGGCCUUUGCGGAGGUUAUGGGUAUGGUGUGGCGGCGACUCAAUGACAGCGGUAAGAACUGGCGACACGUAUACAAGGCUCUGACAUUGUUGGACUACCUGCUCAAGACGGGCUCGGAGCGUGUGGCCCACCAAUGCCGUGAGAACCUCUACACCAUCCAGACUCUCAAGGACUUCCAGUAUAUUGACAGAGACGGCAAGGACCAGGGUGUCAAUGUCCGUGAGAAGGUCAAACAGGUGAUGGCCCUUCUCAAGGACGAGGAGCGCCUGCGACAAGAGCGAACCCAUGCUCUCAAGACCAAAGAGCGAAUGGCUCUGGAAGGCAUGGGUAUUGGCAGCGGGCAGCUGGGCUUCAGCCGCAGAUCUCGGGGCUCCCCCUCUUCUUACACGUCUGCUUCUUCGUCCCCGCGCUAUGCUUCAGACCUGGAGCAGGCACGGCCGCAGACUUCUGGAGAAGAAGAAUUGCAGCUGCAGCUGGCCUUGGCCAUGAGCCGCGAAGAGGCCGAAAAGCCAGUCCCCCCAGCCUCCCGCAGGGACGAGGACCUGCAGCUACAGCUGGCUCUGAGCCUAAGCCGGCAAGAACAUGAGAAGGGGGUGAGAUCCUGGAAGGGAGAGGACUCUCCAGUGGCCAAUGGCGCAGAAGCUGCUGGCCAACGUCGACGGGACAGAGAGCCCGAGAGAGAAGAGAGAAAGAAUGAGGAGAAGCUGAAAACUAGUCAGUCCUCCAUCCUGGACUUGGCUGACAUCUUCGCACCUGCCCCGGCCCUGCCUUCCACACACUGCUCUGCUGACCCAUGGGACAUCCCAGGUUUCAGGCUGAACACAGAGCCAAGUGGCUCCUCUUGGGGACCUUCUGCAGACCCGUGGUCUCCAGUUCCCUCUGGAAAUGCCCUGUCCCGAAGCCAGCCUUGGGAUUUGCUUCCUUCUCUUUCUUCCUCUGAGCCCUGGGGCAGGACCCCAGUGCUGCCUUCUGGACCUCCCCUCGCAGACCCCUGGGCACCAAGCUCCCCUACCCGCAAACUCCCCAGCACUGGCGCAGACCCAUGGGGGGCCUCUGUGGAGACCUCUGACACCUCUGCUCUAGGUGGUGCCUCGCCCUUCGACCCAUUUGCCAAACCUCUAGAAUCCACAGAACCCAAGGAAAGCCGGGACAGUGCCCAGGCCCUGCCCACGGGGAAGUCCUCCAGCCCUGUGGAGCUAGACCCAUUUGGAGACCCCAGCCCCAGUUGCAAACAAAAUGGCAUGAAGGAUCCUGAAGCCCUUGACCUGGGUGUGCUAGGAGAGGCGCUUACACCACAGCCAGAAAAGGAAGCGCGCCCCUGCCGGACUCCGGAGUCCUUCCUGGGCCCCUCUGCCUCUUCUUUGGUCAACUUGGACUCACUAGUCAAGGCACCACUGGCUGCAAGGACCCGGAAUCCCUUCCUGACAGGUCUGGGUGCUCCGUCCCCCACUAACCCGUUUGGCGAGCAGGGCAGGCCGACCCUGAACCAGAUGCGCACUGGCUCCCCUGCGCUGGGCCUGCCGCCUGGGGGACCCAUCGGGGCGCCCUUGGGCUCUAUGACCUACAGCACCUCCCUGCCCCUCCCGCUCAGCAGCGUGCCGGUCGGCGCGACUCUCCCCGCCUCGGUCAGCGUCUUCCCGCAAGCGGGAGCCUUUGCCCCGCCGCCAGCGAGCCUGCCUCAGCCACUGCUGCCCACGUCGGGCCCGAUGGGGCCGCUGCCCCCGCAGGCUGGUACGAAUCCCUUCCUCUGAGACGCUUCGGCGCCUGCGCGCGAGGCCCCGCCUCCUCGAGGGCGGAUCCUGCCGGUUGAGCACUGAUCUGUGGACCCCUGACACAGCUUGAAACCGAGCUAGGGACUGAUCACAUCUUGGGGACGAAGACUACACCCGUCUAAUAAAGACUGGAAUCUA